AUGGGUGAGAUAUUUAACCCCUACAAUUCUUCAGCAGUUGCCCGUAAAAUUGUUAUCCAUAAAUUAGGAUUAAAUUCAGGAGACGAAAAAGGGAGUGUAGUUAAAAAUGCCGGUGGUGCAGGAAUGGUUGUUAUCGGUUCAGUGGAGGAUUUGAUUGCAGACAGUUAUCCGAUCCCAGUAGGUCAAAAACCAAGCGCUACAAUCAAAUUCCGAGGAACUGUAAUUGGUUCUUCUACUUCGCCCGCUCCCAUAGUUGCAGGCUUUUCUAGCCGUGGUCCAAAUAAAGUAACACCUGAGAUUCUUAAACCCAGGGACGGAAGCACACAGAGACAAAUGGGUCUACGGACCCAUUUGUUUUCAAAAUUCAGUGUAAAUAAGCUUGGUUUUCUUGCAAAUUCAACCAUUUGUGGGGGCAAAAUAGGCGUAAAUAUUCUGGCUGCUUCUAUCGGAUAUGGUGCAGAUCCAACAUCUUUGAAAGAGUUCACAAUGAUGUCUGGUACCUCAAUGGCUUGCCCUCAUGUGAGCGGUUUGGGUGCGCUGCUUCGAAAGGCUUAUCCUAAAUGGUCUCCGGCUGCUAUCCGAUCUUCUCUAAUGACUACUGCUUAUGAUGUUGAUAAUUCCGGUAAGUAUAUCUCUGAUGUUGGCACAGGGAAAUUUUCAACUCCAUUCCAACAUGGGUCUGGCCAUGUGGAUCCGAACCGAGCUCUAAAUCCGGGUUUGGUGUACGACAUUGUUCCUAAUGAUUACGAAGCAUUCCUCUGCUCCAUCGGUUAUGAUGCAGACCAGAUUUCAGUUUUUGUCAGUGGUAAGAAGACGGUUGAUUGCAAGUCGAUCGGGUUAUCUAGUCCGGGUGACCUUAAUUAUCCAUCAUUUUCUGCUGUUUUUAAAUCCGGGUCCGAUACGGUUAAGUAUAAGAGAGUGGUAAAGAAUGUUGGAAGUUCAGCGAAUGCAGUUUACAAACUUAAAAUUAGAUCUCGUACGCCAUUUGUCAAGAUUAGUGUGUCCCCAACCAAACUAGUGUUUAGUAAGGAUACGACGAGUUUGUCUUAUGAAAUCACAUUCGAAUCAAGACUAACGGAUAUGGACACGGCGAAAGAGGCAUUCGGGUCGAUUGAAUGGUACGAUGGAGUUCAUGUUGUGAAGAGUCCAAUUGCAUUUAGGUGGGGUGUUACUGCUACUAGCUUAUUAUCUUCUGUAUUAUGCCUUGUUGCUUGUAAGCUUCUUGUUAAUGGGAACCAGGGAAUGUUUCCGAUAAUUGAAAAACGGAACUGCAUAAUCAGCUCCUUGAGAAUUCAAGCUAAAUGA